ACAACUUGAACCAUGUUAAAAGUUCUGAAAAAUACGUAAAAUUAUCUAAGCGAGGUGAACCAGCUCUAAACAAAGUGAAUUAAUAAGCCUUGCGAGUGGCAAGUUACAUUUAAAUGACAUCACCACUUGUAUCAUUUUCGAUUUUCCCCUCUUUCUAUAUAUACAUAAUACACACACGUACAAUCUCUACCUUUGUUCUUUGCCUAACCCAAUAAGCUCUCACAGUCCUCGCCAUUCUUCCAGGUAUUAAUUUGUGCAAAAGUAGAUCAUGGCACCAGCAGCAGCUGCAGGGGACUCAAUUAAGCCAAGAGAUGUUUGCAUUGUUGGUGUUGCCCGAACACCAAUGGGUGGAUUUCUUGGUUCUCUUUCAUCAUUAGCUGCAACCAAGCUUGGAUCUAUCGCGAUUGAGAGUGCCUUGAAGAGAGCAAAUAUCGAUCCAUCUCUUGUUCAAGAAGUUUUCUUUGGGAAUGUACUUAGUGCUAAUUUAGGACAGGCUCCUGCUAGGCAGGCAGCAUUAGGCGCGGGUAUCCCUAAUACGGUUGUCUGCACAACUGUCAACAAAGUGUGUGCCUCUGGAAUGAAAGCGACUAUGCUAGCAGCACAGAGUAUCCAAUUGGGCAUCAAUGAUGUUGUUGUGGCUGGUGGCAUGGAAAGCAUGUCUAAUGUCCCAAAGUACCUGGCCGAGGCAAGAAAAGGUUCUCGACUUGGACAUGAUUCUCUUGUUGACGGGAUGUUAAAGGAUGGAUUGUGGGAUGCUUAUAGCGACGUUGGCAUGGGGGUUUGUGCUGAGUUAUGUGCUGAACACCAUAGUAUAACAAGAGAGCAGCAGGAUGAUUAUGCAGUCCAAAGCUUUGAGCGUGGAAUUGCAGCUCAAGAGGCUGGUGCUUUUGCAUGGGAGAUUGUUCCAGUUGAGGUCUCUGGGGGAAGAGGAAGACCAUCCACUAUCGUUGAUAAAGAUGAAGGUCUUGGAAAGUUUGAUGCUGCAAAGUUGAGGAAGCUGCGACCGAGUUUCAAGGAAACCGGCGGUACUGUCACAGCUGGAAACGCAUCCAGCAUAAGUGAUGGAGCUGCUGCCCUUGUUUUUGUAAGUGGAGAGAAGGCUCUGCAGCUUGGACUCGAAGUCAUUGCAAGGAUCUCUGGGUAUGCCGAUGCUGCUCAUGCACCGGAAUUAUUCACAACUGCCCCAUCACUUGCAAUCCCCAAGGCGAUCUCAAAUGCUGGUCUAGAAGCAUCCAAAAUAGACUAUUAUGAGAUCAACGAAGCCUUUGCAGUCGUGGCUCUUGCGAAUCAGAAGCUAUUGGGUCUUAGUACAGAGAAAGUGAAUGUAAAUGGUGGAGCCGUAGCGCUGGGGCAUCCUCUCGGUUGCAGUGGGGCUCGCAUCUUGGUCACACUUCUUGGGGUGUUGAAGCAGAAGAAUGGGAAGUAUGGUGUCGGUGGUGUUUGCAAUGGAGGAGGUGGUGCUUCGGCCCUUGUUCUUGAGCUUCUGUAAUCUUUUCCAAAUUUCAACCUUUUCAGACGACAUAUGAGGUUGCAAGGCCGGUUAACUAUCACUUGGUAGAUUGCAGUAUUGGGAGACAUUGACACAUCAGAGCAAACUACAUUUUGUCUCUACCAUCUUUUCCAGUUCAGAUGAACUUGUCCUCGAUUUGUGUGUGUGUGUGUUUUCCUUUUUCUUGUUUUUCCUCAAUUCCUUGCUAAGCCGACAAACUUGGUAUAUGUAGAUUGUAGCUGAUCACGAGAAUGUAUGCCAUUACAGAUUUUCAGUUUAUGUUAUCACAAUAAAGUGCUCUUUUUUUCUCAUAAUGUCAAGUUAAUCUAGCUUAACGGGCGGGCCCGUACUGAAUCAGGUUGAGAAUAAGUGUUCAAGGCCAAGAACCCACCUCGACUCUCUGGUUUUAAAAUCGGGUCGGGAAACUGUUAACCAACAUAAAAAAAG